AUUUCAUCGUCGGUCCUUCUUCCCGAAUCGUCACGUACUCGUGGGGGAGAUGCAAUGGCGAAGAAGAGGAAGAAGAGAGCCGACGAUGGAGAGGAGCCCGCCGCCGCCGCCGCCGCCGCCGCCGCCGUCGUCUCUCCCUACUUCCAGAAGAAACCGGCGAGCGGUCAAGCGGCGGAAGCUGAUCCCGAACAGGGAGGCCUUCCCAUCAGCGAGAAGAUCCUGGAGUUGAUAUCGCGCUUCACGUACACGGGCGGCCCAUUGUUAAAGAAGCAGAAGGAGGGGUUAGCGCCAAUUUCGCGCUCCGACGGCCGGCCCAGGCUCUCCCCUUAUUUCCAGCAGAAGAAGAGCAACGGCGAAGGCAACGACGGCGGUGUCGGCGGUGCUGGCGGUGGUACCCUUGGAGAGAGAAAGCCAGGUGACGAGAAACCACAGUCGCGGGCCAAGGCGAGACCGAGCGCGAGGGCGAAGGCGGGAAAUGCUGUAAAGGUCUCUCCUUACUUCCAAAAGGCCGAAGGCGCGUCGCAGCAGCCGCAGCCGCUGAGAGACGGGAGAGCGAGAGGGAAGAAGGCAGUUAAGAUUAAGGUUUCGCCCUACUUCCAGAAGGCCGAAGGUGAGGCGCCGCAGCCGCAGCGGCAGCGGCAGCCGCAGCCGCAGCGCAAGGCGAGAGCGAGGAAGGUUAGGGUUCCGAAGAAGAAGAAGGUCGAUGAGGAAGGGGAAGGCACGGAAGCGAAGGAGAUAGCGAAGAGGAAGAGGCGGGCGUAUGACAGGAGGAGGGUGUUGACUGCCGCGGAGAAGAGAGCGGAGGCCUACAGGAGGAAGGCUCCCGAUAACACAUGGAAGCCUCCGCCCUCCGGCCACCGUCUCCUGCAAGAGAGCCACUGGCGUGAUCCUUGGCGUGUUCUCCUCAUCUGUAUGCUUCUCAAUGUCACUACUGGCAAACAGACAAGUCAGUACUUGGAUGCUCUGUUCAAGGAAUAUCCUGAUGCCACAAAGGCGGCGGAGGCUUCUAUAGAAACUCUGGAGUCUAUUAUUCAGCCCCUGGGUUUGAAAAGGAAGAGGGCUAGAAUGAUUGUGCGAAUGUCACGUGAAUACCUUGAUGAGAGCUGGACUCAUGUGACUCAGCUACAUGGUGUUGGCAAGUACGCAGCCGACGCGUAUGCUAUAUUCUGUACAGGAAAGUGGAAAGAAGUGCAUCCUCUGGAUCACAAACUUAAUGAUUACUGGCAAUAUUUAUGGUGGCUCGAGGAUAGAAGACUAUUGAAAUAGGUGUUCGUAGUGUCCAAUGAGCACUUCUUUUUGGUUUCGUAGAAUUACCGGUUUCGCAAUGGUACAUAAACCUGAGAAUCGGUUAAUUAGUUUUUGGCCUGAGCAUGCUCUCGGAGCAACUAAAGGGUUGUGGGCGCUGUAUAUGGCGAUAGGCUCCUCGCUCACCCUCUGGUCGAUGUACUUAUUGGGGGCUCUUGUUUAUGUGGCAAAGUUGCCAGGGAAGGCUUUCAUUUUGUUAAAUAGUCUGAUCAAUCAGCGAGUUAUCUUCUGAAGUCUGUUACUCAGAUUCUAAUCUAAAUAUAUCGAUUUUGUUGAUGUAAUCCUGAAUCUGAGUAAAUUUUCAAUUUGGUUA